AUGCGCGUCGCCUCCGUCCUCCCGUCAGCCACCGAGAUCCUGUCUUCAUCGGCGGCGAGCGCUUGCUCGUCGGCCGCGGGCCUUCUGCUCGUGAUGGUCGUCUGGUUCGAUCAGCUCGACGGUGCCGUCGAUGCGUGCGCCGCCGCUGGCAUUCCAUUCUGCAGCCUGUGGGUCUGGUUCGGCUGGAGCAGCGUGCUCAAUGAGGUGCGACACUGGAUAACAGAUCAUGCAGCACGGAUCCUACCGAUUGUCGACCGCGCGUCGGCCACGUGGGAAGCGAGCUGGGCCUCCCGCGCUGCCGCGUUUACUGCCCUCGUCGUCGCCACGCUCUCCCACAGUCUUGAGACGAUGACCUGGUUUGCUGGCUCGGUGCUGCGGCUGCCACGGAGGCACAUGCUGCCCCUGCUCGGCGGCACACGGCUUCUCGCGCCGGCGGUCUGGGCAUCCCUCGGCGUCUGCCUGUCCGACGCCUUCGGCCUCACGCCUAGCCACCUGCGCCUCUCCCCUCGCAACCUCCUCUCCUCUGCUCUGGGCGGCCUCACUAGAGGAGGGGCAAGGGAGGUUGACGGCUCGCGGCCUCCGAUGGCACUGUGGCUUGCCGCAGCCGCGGUGUGGUGCGGCGCCGAUUUUUUAACGCUCUCGUCUAUGAACACGUAUGCGUUAAUUCGUUAA